AUGAUAUGGCCAUUGGCUUAUUCAAGCUUACUCUGAAUCAGAGAAGAACCUUAGCAGCUAUCUUCUUAACGCUGAAUAUACUGCAGAUAUUAUUAGGAGCCAUCAUGACUGCGAUGUCGCUAUUCGUCUGCCUAUCGAUCUCGCCAAAGAUCCCCAGCGAGAGAGCUGAAAUAGAUUUUGUAUUCCUUGUUUACGGCAUCUUUGGGGCUAAUAUUAUGUUUCACUGGCUAAUUGGAAUUAGAAUAUGCCAAAAAUGUAUCGACCAAGCGCACAAAAAAAGUACGCGGAGUCUAUUAUUACUAUGGCACUGCGCAGGAACAAACACUGUAAUAGCGUUGAUUGUUAUUGCGCAUAUGUCAAGGAAAACCAACAGACAUAUAAUAAAAGCAUUAAAAAAUUCUUUACACAUGGGAAUGAAAAAUUACUUAAGCGAGUCGAUUUGGAAAGAAACUAUUGAUAAAGUGCAGUAUUAUUUGGAAUGUUGUGGAUGUGAUUCAUACGAAGAUUGGCACAAAAUAGAAUGGAUGGAUAAGUCUAUCGUCAACGAAAAAUCGGGUCUUAUCAGGGAUAUAAGACUAAAUCAGGAAACUUUGCGGUUACCAGUUGUGCCUUGGAGUUGUUGUAAAGUCGAUUUCCCAAUGCAAUGUCUUCAUGAUCCCAUACAGCAAGUGGAGUAUACUCACCUUUGGAUCGAUCAGCCUAAUUUGGUAACAGACUCGCUGAAUAUAGAAGGCUGCAUGGCAAAAAUAAAAAGACCCAUAGGCUGGAUUAUUUUUAGCUGCUUGGGGAUAGUUUUUAUUAUAACAUUCUUUCAUAUUAUGACAAUUGUGCUCUCCCGAAUUCUUUACACAUCAUGUAGAAAUGCCAUACUUUUAUAUGAUAGAGAAGGCAUCGCUCCAGGAUGGAUAUUUGGAAGAGGUGACCUAGGCUAUACUAGAGGAAAGACAUUGACUGAAAUUAUGGGGGUUACUAAUGAAAUACUAGAACAGAGAAUGGUUUCCGAAAAACAACGUAAAAAAUUGGCGAAAACUGAGCACUCAGAACAAUCAAAAGCAGAAACUAUUAGUCCUAUAAACAAGCCAUCUGGUCAACUUGAUAAGAUCAGAAAAAAAAUUGUAAAGAAAAAUGAUAAAAUAUCAGAACAUAGUGAAAACAAAGACCAACAAGAAGCAGUCCUCCAAAAUUAGUGAAGAAACAAGCAGAAGUCAAGAAAUAUAACAUU